AUGGCUGCUUGUAAAUGAAAAUAACAUUUUCUCUUUGUUGAGUGGAACACUUCGUUUGUUGAGUGGAGCACUUUGUUUCUCAGUAUCUGACUCAAAAGCAAAGACCGUUGGCAGCAAGAAAAAGUUGUUAUGUAUGCCUUUUAUACUUCUAAAUGGACAAGAGAGGGCACAUGACAUGAUUGAAUAGACCAUCAGGCUCAUCAAGAUGAUGGAAAGGAAGGUUCGAUUGAAGACAGUCAACCCAUUCAUAACCUGCUACCUAUGCAAAGGAUAUCUCGUUGAUUCAACUACAAUUACAGAAUGCCUACAUACGUUUUGCAAAAGCUGUAUUGUAAAAUAUCUGGAGGAGAAGAACACGUGUCCAAAAUGCGAUGCCGAGAUUCAUCAAAGUUAUCCUCUGAAUUACAUAAGUUUCGACAGGACAAUGCAGGACAUUGUCUACAAACUGGUACCAAAAUUGCAAGAGAAAGAGCAAAAACGGAUGCAAGAUUUUUACAAAAGAAGAGGGCUUCCUGUUCCUAGUAGUGUUGUGAAUGAUGAAAACAGCAAUGAGUGCAAUAAGCCGCUGGGUCAGGAGCAGCAGGAUGACGAGGACCACCACCGCAGUGACGAGCAGGUCAACAUCUGCCUAGAGUGCCGCGCUCCCAACCUCAAGCACCUCAAGAGACGCUACCUACGCAUUUCCUCCCAGGCCACAAUCACUCACCUGAAGAAAUUUGUGGCUCUCAAGAUAUACACCAACAUCAACAGAUUUAAAGAGGUUGACAUACUAUGUAAUGAAGAAAUCCUGGGAAAGGACCACACUUUAAAAUUUGUAGCAGUAACUCGAUGGAGAUCAAAGGACACGCCAUUAUUACUCCACUACAGACAAAGAGUUGCCGACUUGUGACAAAAAA